GACAGAAAUCCUUUCAGUGCCACACUUGCAGCCACCGUCUGCUGAUGAUGAUGAUGCUGGGAGUUUUCAUCUCUGCCGCCCUCUUCCUAGGGACUGCACAUGGAGCUUCUUUGGGAGCUGUGCUCACUGAAGGAGGGAUGGUGCAGGGAAAGAGUCAUAGUGUUGGUCUUCUCCGCUACAUGGACGUGUUUAAGGGUAUCCCCUUUGCCGCUCCACCUGGCAGACUGCAGAAGCCGGUUCCUCACCCUGGCUGGGAAGGUGUCCUGAAAGCCACUGACUAUAGUAAGAGGUGUAUUCAGCUCAAUCUCCUUCAAACCGAUACCGUGGGCAGUGAAGACUGUCUGUACCUGAACAUCUGGGUCCCUCAUGGGAAAACUGUUUCCUACAAUAUGCCUGUUAUGGUGUUCAUCUAUGGUGGUGGCUUCCUGCUUGGCGGUGGUCAGGGAGCAAACUUCUUGGACAACUACCUGUAUGAUGGAGAGGAGAUUGCAGAUAGAGGAAAUGUCAUCGUGGUGACGUUCAACUACCGUGUCGGAUCCAUGGGAUUUCUCAGCACCGGAGAUGCUGACGCACCUGGAAACUAUGGUCUGUGGGAUCAGCAUGCUGCAAUCGCCUGGGUUCACAGGAACAUCAAGGCUUUCGGUGGAAAUCCAGACAACAUUACCAUCUUUGGGGAGUCAGCCGGGUCUACCAGUGUCAGCCUCCAGAUUCUUUCUCCUAAAAACAAAGGCCUGAUCCGCAGAGCCAUCUCUCAGAGUGGCGUUGCUCUCUGUCCCUGGGCCAUCAACAGAAAUCCAAGAAAAUUUGCUGAGGAGAUUGCCAAGAAAGUAGGAUGUCCCACUGACAGCGGGAUGGUGGCCUGUCUGAGAAGGACAGAUCCAAAGGUUGUAACUCUUGCUGGGAAAGUGAGGCUUGCUACAUCUGCUACUGAACCCAUUGUGCACAAUCUGUAUCUGUCCCCCGUCAUCGAUGGUGAAUUAAUCCCUGAUGAGCCUGAAACUCUUUUCAGGAACGCUGCUGACAUCGACUACAUCGCUGGAGUCAAUGACAUGGAUGGACACCUCUUUGCCACCCUUGAUAUUCCCACGAUCAACAAUGCUCUCGCGACCACAACUGAAGAGGAGGUCCAGGCUCUCGCUACUGCCCUGUCUAAAGACAGAGGCCAGGAUGCUGGUAUUGCAACUUUUCAGGAGUACACAGUCAACUGGGGUAGUAAACCUAACAAAGAGGAAAUCAAGAAGACAGUUGUGGAAAUGGAGACAGACUACAUCUUCCUGGUGCCAACGCAAGCAGUCCUGUACCUCCAUAGUGACAAUGCCAAAUCUGCCCGAACCUACUCGUACCUGUUCAGUGAGAGUUCUCGUAUCCCUGUCUACCCUCUGUGGAUGGGCGCUGACCACGCUGAAGAACUUCAGUAUGUGUUUGGAAAGCCUUUCACCACUCCUUUGGGCUACUUCCCUCGCCAUCGGGACGUCUCCAAAUACAUGAUUGCCUACUGGACCAAUUUUGCUCAAACAGGGAAUCCCAACACAGGCGAGUCCAAGGUUCCCAUAACCUGGCCUGAGUUCUCCAACCCUGGCCAUCAGUAUCUGGAAAUCAACAAUAAGAUGAACAAGAACAGUGUGAAGAAGAUGUUGAGAACUCGCUUGGUUUACUACUGGACCACCGUCUUUGCCAGUUACCCUACUGUCAGGAACUGAGCACUGCCAGUCCAACUGUAAAAUCAUGCAGCCCAGAAUUAAUCAGCUAAUAUAGUGUGAAGAUUCAUACAAUAAAAUAAAUGAUGAUCAAAACAA